CCAGGGCAACACCACCUAGACGUUUUUUCAAGGCCUCGGCAAGCCUCCGUCUCGACAGCGUGACGUCACUGCUGUGAGAUCUGUGAGAAAGCAACGCUCGACUGGCUGGAGUCGGAAUGGCUUGCGGCUUCUGUUCGCCAAAUAGACAGACAAUCUCGUUUGCUUCGAAACAAGUUUUCAGAAGGCAAACUGAAAGAAAUUAUUACCUACUAUCUAACAAAAAGAGCUUUGCAAUAUUUUAUCUUUCAAAUGAUGCACUUAUUUACUUGAUUUAUUCACGCUUUAAGCAUUUUCGUGCACAGCCGAGCGAAGUUGGCAGCGCAUGACAGUGCGUCUGGCCACAUUGAUCUUACGUGCUCGCUCGCUCUGCUGGCUGUUGUGGUUGUAGGCUAGUGGCAUUGUUACCGCUCACGCUGUUUUUUUCUUUCUCUUGUGCUGUGUGAGCAUGGUUGGGUAAACUACGCAAUAUGCCUGGAUGCUGCUGUGCACCGGGGUGCAACUCUAACUAUGCUCAUGGACCUAAAGCGCGCGUCUAUCGGUUUCCGAUGGACGCCGACCAAAGAACCGCAUGGACGAGAGCGAUCCCGCGCAAGGAUUUUGCGCCCACAAAAUACACUGUGGUGUGUGAGAAGCACUUUCUUACAAGUGAUUUCGUGACCACUUCGACCUAUCGAGAUGAGAAAACCGGACGAGUACUUGAAGUUCCUCUCCAGCUGAGACGACUCAAGUCUGGUGCUAUCCCCAGCCUAUUUCCUAACUGCCCUUCGUAUCUUUCUCGUCCCACUACUGUUGUCCGGGAAGGCCCUGAAGAGAAGCGGCUUCGUCUAGAGGGAGAAUCACUACAGGAGGCAAUAAGGCAGUCCGUUGAAGCUCACGAAGAAGAGAAGAAAAAGAAUAACAUCAGUACUUUUGAGGACUUGCUCACCGCUCUGACAAGUUUCCAGACAAACACCUUCUGCACAAAACUUGUUACUCACGACAAAGUCCUCUUCCUAAACUUCGAUUCUCAAGAAGCUCCAACCGUGCGGUUUUCUGUGACAGUGUCAGCUGAUUUGAUCGUGAAAGUGUUUGUUGGUGACGUGCAGCUUAACAAGCUCGGGACCCUCGUGCUUCCUGUUUGUUUGUGUGAUCUGCGGGAAAUCGACAAGGUCCUUACUGCUGUGCAAAAUUUGGCAGGAAACUUCUCCAACAGCGAAGAACGCUUGCAGAUUGUCUUGAAGAAGACAGUGGAAACACUGGAUGAACUAGCGUCACAAAGUUUCCCACACGAGUGGCAAGUGGAAGUUGUCAAGUUCGUAAAACAACAAGUCGGCAUUUUACUGAGCAGAACUUCGAGAUACCCUGCGGACUUGCUGGUAUUUGCUAGCCUUGUGUUCACUAUAUCUCCACAUGCGUACAGAUUUAUUAGGUCCACAUCAAAGUUGAAACUUCCACAUCCCGACACAAUUAGACGUGUCUGUGGGUCAUACCGUGUGAACCCAUGCUCUGAGCAACAAGAUGCUUUAUUUCUGUCAUAUGCAAAGAGGCUGGCCGUAGGAAUGGAUGACCACGAAAAAACUGUGACGCUUGUCAUGGAUGAAAUUCAUCUGCAGCCAUACAUUGACUACAAAGGUGGUGGUCUAGUAGGAAUGGCUACAAACAAUCAAAACGCAGCAAAAAAUGCAUAUGUGUUUAUGAUUCAAAGCCUCCUGUCGUCAAGCAAAGACGUAGUGCACAUCCUUCCAGUGGCGAAAAUAGAUGCAAUACAGCUGCAUCAAUUUCUUCGUGAGCUCAUUGAUGGGCUGGAGGCUACAGGAUUUCGAGUAAUUGCGGUUGUUUCAGACAACAACUCCAUCAAUGGGAAGGUGACAAGCUACUGCCUUAAAGAGCUUGGAUUCAAGUACGUUUUACUGGGGAAAUUUCAGUCGGACUGCCCUGAGGACAGGUUUGGCAGGUACCGACAGUUAAGUGGCGCACAGUACCAUAUCUCCAUACGGCAGAUGUAUGAAGCGGAGCACAAAUUGAGGCUGCAGAAGGUCCUCGAGCUGCCAGAGAGUGACGAGAUUCCUCUAUCGCUGACGCUGCCACCUCCACUCGAGUCCCGCCUUGGCUUUCCCGAGCUGCAGGAGAUGGGAAUCCAUCGCGUCCGCAGGGCAGUCCCCUGA